AUGGAGGCCAGCCACGUCGAACGAGAGGUGGAAGACGUAGUCGAGGAUGACGAGACGGAGGUGGAUGGGUGCAUCCACCUACAAUUUUUCUCAACUUUGCGAGUCACCAGGAACGAGGGAAUCGUUAUCAAGAUUCGACAGCUGAUCCUCAUGAAGGUUAGCCCUAUUCAAAAUGUUUUCGGUCGACUAUACCUCCAAGAAAUGCAUACAACGACCCUCCUAGUGGAGACGUAUCCCGAAGGAGACGAAAUAGGGGAACCCAUGGAGGAAGACGAUAUCUUCUUAGAUCUUGCGAGGUCCACGCCCGACCAGACCAAAGACUCCAUCUUCCGAAGCCAACGAGAAAUACAACAUCGAUCCGAUUCCUCCCUAAACGAAGAAGAAGCCCUCCAAGAAUCACCGCGAAAUUUCCGAUCGACGAAAGAACUCCCACCUGGGUCGCAGUUCAAUAACAUUUCUCUCUGUCUACACUUUUUCUCAACGCCAAAAUCUCUAGAAAUUGUAACAGGGGGCUAG